CUCGAAACGUGUUUGUGUUUCGCAAUCCUACUUCUCAGUACUACGAUAGAUGCAUCUACUAGUAAUCCCCCGGAGUAGUUCUUCUUGGUGCUCGACUGAUCGCACCAUGUGAAAGACCAUUUAUUUUUCCGUGAUUUCCCUGAUGACCUAUUAUUGCGCCCAUCUCUCCUAGUCCUACAACAUCAUAGCAGCCUAUUAUUUAAGUAAAACCAGAUAUCACCCCCUGAUUGAUAGAUAAUGUCGUCUUGUUUCUUUCCUGCUCCCAAAGGGGCUGACAUCGUGGCGGCAUCUUCAUCCACGAUGCUUUGUCGGGCCGUCCUCUUGGUGCAGCUUUUGAACAGUACUUUUACAUCAAGAAGCGUCAUUUGUUCCUGCGUCAGCGCCACGCGGCUGAGAACGUCGAGGACGACGACGUCCGGCCUCCGUACAAGGAAAACAGAAGUACAACGUGGUCAAAUUGCGAGGAACCCCGCCGGGAGCACGCGAAGUAGAGGUGGUGCGCCAGCAGCUGGCAUAGAUGAAGAAGAUCAAGGGGAACGUGAAGUAGAUGACCAGUCUGAGGUCACCGUUCAGCACUCCCGAACCACUUUAGCAUCGCCGCCAACAUCUUCUACACGACCAGAUGCAAGACCCUCUUUUUCGAGCAACCAGGUCGUAAAACCACUGCUCCAGCGACACAACAAGGUCCUCGCAGGGAGGCCCCGCCUCUCCCUCCUGUCUGUCGAGCAGGAAAAGAAAAAUCACAAGAAAACUAGUACAGCAAGAGAUGAGCCUACAUCUUCAUCCGGCAACAUACUUGAAAAAGACCGGGACGGGGAGAAGAGCGGACAUCAGGGACCACGACGUGAAAAAAUAGUAGUAGACGAGUGUAUCAUCGACGACGUAAACCCCUGGCUGGAUCUAGCUCCCUGCGAUCUGUCCUGCUGCCCAGUUAAAAAUUCGGUCGAGGAUGAUGAAGUCGACGUGGUCUCAAGUGGAACUACUACACCGCCGGUAGUUGUCCCUACUUCCUGCGGAGUCAUGGAGAAACGGUUGAACGUUCUAGGUGAGAUAGAAGUCCUAAAACCAGAUAACAACAACUCUGAUCACCAUUUCCUCACCGCAAUAAAGCAAAACGAGAACUACAACCUCUGCGGACAAGGAAAUAUCACCCGAUACGUGGACCAAAUCAGUUCCAUUCUAAAACAACCGCGGCUCCGUUGGGAGGCGGAAAAGGCCGGAGCCCGGGUGUGGAAUAUCAAAUGCAAAAGUGUCUGGGUCUGGAAACUUGUGAUGCAAGGAAGGGAAUAUUAAGCACACUGUAAUGCGCUCCCCACCAUGACAAGUUUUUCCGUGGUUCAGAGUUGCGUACUCCGCAUGAGAAACUGCGUUUUUGCAUGACAGACAAGAGGACCUCUUCGCGGGCACGCAAUACAGAGUUUAGAGUCAUGCCAGACUAGCAUGACGAAUCUCGCAAUCUCCCAGACCCAGACAUUUUUGCAUUUGAUAUGGAAAACGACUUGUCAAAACAUGCCGACCUGCGACUGCCCCGUGACAGAGUGGGUGCCCGUGGAAGGAACGUGCUCGGUCAGCUGCUGCCCCCAAGAGGCGAAGAUGGAGUUAUUUGUUGUUCAGAACAAAGGAUUACCUACCUCUUCUCCUUCAAAAAGGAAAAUAGUCCCCUGUGGCCUCCAAAAGUACACGAGAGAACUCGCGGACGAAAAGCAACGGUUAAUUGCGAAAACAGCCACCGCGUUCACGGAUCCGAAGUUAUCUGGGGGGACUGGGGAAGUGAAAGUCGUUGUUGGGGUGGAAGCGUGUAGUGGCACGGCUUUGGAGAAAUAUGAUUCCUGUGCGGACGCAGAUCUGCUUCCCACCUGCGAGCGGGACUGUGGGUUGUAUGAAGAGUUCAUGGCGGAUAUUACAGUGCACAACUCCCCCUCGCCCUCAUUUGUCGUGCAAAAUCCCAAAUCCAGUCGCUGCCUUGUGGCACUGUUUGCAUGACAAAUUCCGGAAGUAGGCCAAAAGAGUACUACAUUAGGCACAUAGAUUUGUCAUGCAUAGGCGCCGUGAGCGCUGGUGCUUGUAUUGCUGUUCAUGCCAUACAAAUGAGGGGGAGGGGGAGUUGUGCACUUCUAUAGCGGAUGGGAGAGCCUGGGAGAAAUUCGCCCCGGCGGGGGAGUUAUCCUGUGCAAAAGUAUCGUACUCGUACUAAUUGCGUUCAUGCAUGACAAAUCUCUUUCUUAAAGUAAAUCAGCAUUACAAAUUUAAUUUGUAAUGCUGGGCUAAUUUGUAAUGCAAUUACUAUAUAUUAUAUUCAUGCGAAAAAAGAGGUAGACAGAGGGUAAACAAGAGGUGGCCGAGAGGUCAAAAAGAGGGCAAAAGAGGUAAAAAAGAGGUCGACAGAGGUGGAGAGGUGGCGCGGGACCCCUUUCGAGAGGGUCGGCGAGAGGGUGCGCGAGUAUAGCCCGCCGAAGGACCCACCUUAAGGCGGCGCCUAAGUGCCUCAGAGGGUGCAGAGAGGUCAAAAAGAGGGGGCGCGGGAGGUCGACAGAGGUCGAGAGAGGUGGCGCGAAUAAGGGCCAACCUCUCGCGCACCCUGUCGGCCACCUCUGGGCCACCUCUGUCGACCUCUACCCUCGAGUAUAGCCGGACUAUUAGCGGGGACCCCCAAAAGAGGGAAAAAAGAGGGUCUGCGAGAGGUCUGCGAGAGGGUAAAAACACAGAGUAGCGGGCGCGAAUCCGCAUGGGAGUCCCCACAUUUAGCGUUGCAGGCUCUUCGCGGAGUUGUUUUGUUCGGCGCCUGUCCCCGCCACCCUCUCGCGCACCCUCUCGCGCCACCCGCUCGCGCGACCCUCUCGCGCCACCCUCCCGCGCCACCCUCUCGCGCCGGGCGGCUUCUGUUCGCCCCCGGUGUUCUUUGCAGCUGCUCCCUGCGCAGAGCGCCCACAGGCGCGGGAGGCGCGCAAGUGGUCCGGCGGGUUGGCGCGGCGCAAACUCCAGCAUGCUUCGUUGUGCACAGGCCCGUGGCGUUGUGGUCCGAUCGGCAAACUAUCUUGCCCCGGCCCAACAGCCUUGCGCUCCGGCGGCAGCCGGAGCAUGGCUGGUUUAUACUAGUACGAUACUUUUGCACAGCAUAGGAGUGCUCGGCGGAAUGCGUGCCGUGGAAGAUGCUGGGUGGAGGAGGACUUGAUGAUGAUGCAAAAAGUCGAGAAGCUGGCGUCCUUGCAGCUGAUACAUCAAAGGUAUCACAUAUACCUCAAGAUGAAUCGACCACCAGAGGCAACCAGAAGAGCUCCCACGUGGUAAAAAUCCAGCAUCACAACAUCCGGCAGCGGGUGAAGAUGAAGGUGAGUAGACCUGCAGUAGUUGGAAGUUCUCCAGCUUCUCGUGCUGCGAGAAGCUGCGAGGCUGUGGCGGAAUUCGAAACGAAGCGAGUUAUUUUAUUUUCGGGUGCUGGUCGUUCCCCUUUGGCGUCAGCAUUUUUUGAGACGCCUCGUGGCCGUCCACCUCCCGCCGACGGCGUAAUAUCUUCGCACAGAACAAAUAAGCCGCCUGCGACUGUAACAGCACAAGAACUUCUGGAAAUAGUGCCCAGCUCAUCGGCUCUUCAACAAACAAGCGUAAGCGACGUGGAGCUCCAAAACGAAAAAGAAAAUGGGUCAACACGACCGGCAGUUGCACCAUCACCUUCCUUACAGAAGAACGUUGUCAUCAGCAAGGGCCUGGGUCGGGGGAAUGCUAAUGAUUACACGCAAAGUAGUAGACCACCAGAGGUGGAGGAGGAGACACCCAGGCCUUCGCUUGGACUUCUGCGCGACGAACAAGACGACGGAGUUGUUGUUGAGGAGGACCAGCACGAGCAAGAGGGAAGCAUAAAUCAUGACCAGCAGGGCGGACCGUCCUCUACCUCUCUGACGCCCGAAGGUGGUGCUGACUCUACUGGCACAACAUCUGGCAACAUACUAUCGCCCAACAUCAAACCGGACCACUUCAACAUCUCAGACGUGACGUACGAGCACCCCUUCGUCUACCUCACGCUGAGUGGGAUGUGCCUACAGGAUUUGCCACUGUGCCCCGCACCAACUACGUCCUCGGUGGAACACGAGAAAAGUCCUCUUUCAGCUGCAUCAAUAACGACCCCCACGCCAGACACUGUUUAUCCCGGACUCCACUCGCGAUGGCUCGGGUUGCGUGCUUCUGCGCGAGAUAAGGCUGAGGACGCAGGAGCAGGCCCUUUCGAGGACCUAGGCGGGGAAGGAGAAUUCUACGGAAGACUGUACUCUUCAAGGAACGUGACCAAGGGUGUUGUGGCAGAAAAGACGGCGUCAACGGAGAUGAAAUUAUGCAAGUUGCAAGUAUGUUACGUUAAUACCGUCCUCCAAACCGCAUCAAUCCCUAUGCCCUACAUUUGAAGAACUCAUAAGCUGUUGCAUUUAUCAUCUGGACCAUUUCGUGAGAUACUUGACGAAGCUGGCUGUGUAGGUUCGAGGUCGUCUUCGCGUCACGAAUCAUAUAAAGAAAGGGAAGUGGAAAUCAUGCCCGUCUCGUGCUGGCUGCUACUGUUGCUUAUGUGAUUUAUUCCCAGAACUGAGCUUAGACAUCCGGGAUUUUGAUUUUUGCAGCCCCAAUUGAGGACCACCCUAGUCAGAAUAUUUUUGUCACUUGCAUACCCCACGACGACCUCUUCUGAUGAAGAGAAAUUUCAGAAUUGUUGCUGUAUCGCCGUCGUCCUCCUCGCCAUCUUACUCGGUCUCAACACGGUGCUGGUCUUGGUUUACUGCGCAGCGCCGGAUCCGAACAGUUGGGCCUCGUAUCUUCGUGACAGUGCAGAGGAUGCAGCAGACGGGGCACCUUCAUCCCGAGGUGGCGUCGCCGCGGCUCGGGACCACCAUCUGCAGCAGCGGAGUUUUACCAACGUUUUCGAGCACGAAGAGUACAAGCAGCGACAGCAACUUGCUCCCGGAGGCUUUCCCGGCGCUGCCAGCACCAAGAACGGGAGAAGCCAGGGCUCUGAUGAUCUUCUGUUGAAUCAGCCCAGAACGGGGGAAUUCCUUCAGUCUAAGCGGAGUUCGGAUGAUUCGAACGGGCUGAAGAGCAGUGACAGGCAGCAAAUGUCGAAUACUAACUCGACGCUGAUGUUGCCCCCGCUGGUCGGCACCGGAACAUCAAGCAAAGAUGGUGGUAAUAUGAGCACGACCAAAGGCACUGAAAAUCCAAAUGCUACUUUUAGAAACGGCACCGGCACCACUGUGGCGAGCAAGACAAGCAGUGACGGCGCAGCGCUGGUGGAUUUUUCGCAAAUGCAGUCGUUCGGCAGGUACAGCCACAAAUUGGACAGCUACCUGAGCAAGUUGCACGUCGGCGCGGCUGCAGGAAGUACUGCCGGUAGCAACACAGAGCGAGCCGUUUUGAAGACAGACGACCGGUUUUCAGUGCCGCACCAGCUGCAGCAUGCAAGCGCUGAUCAUCAGCUACACGGAAGUUCUUUAGUCGGGAAGAACAAGACGGCAAGUAGCGGGACUGCUGCUGCUGGUGGAAGCAGCAUGCAGAGUGCAGCCCGGGGCUCUCCUCGGAAGGACACGGACGCUCCGGUGAAGAAAGCCAGCCCAAGCGGCAGUCCGACGGGGGGGAACACUCCUGUGAAACAGAAGGGAAGUCCGAAGGGCAGUGGUAGCCCAACUACCGGUAGUCCCACGGGAGGCAACACUCCAAAAGCUAAGGGAAGUCCAGCCGGCAGUGGUAGCCCAACUGGUAGUCCGACGGGAGGCAACACUCCAAAAGCUAAGGGAAGUCCGAAGGGCAGUGGUAGCCCAACUGGGAGUCCCACGGGAGGGAACACACCCAGGAACAAGGGCAGCCCAGGGGGUGGCAGCCCAACUGGGAGUCCGACUGGAGGCAACACCCCGGCGAAUAAGGCUAUGGAGUUCUCAAAUGUUACAUUCUCAACUGUUACAUGGAUUUGUAAUGCAAGACUGGCAAAAUUGGAAGGAGGAAGAUUGCGCCUUUUGCAUUACAAGUUUGGCGCAGAUUUAGAAGCUGUCUAGCCCUCCCGAAAUUUGUCAUGCGAAGCAGCUCGAUCAUCUGCCGCCUUAAGGUGCUUUUGCAUGACAAAUUCAUGUAAGAACAGUUGAGAAUGUAACGCUUGAGAGCGCCAUAAAGGCUAGUUCGGGAAGCGGAAGCAGCCCGACCGGAAGUAGCCCAACGGGGACGGGUAUCAAUUGCAAAAAUGUCUGGGUCUGGAAAUUUGUGAUGCUAAAAUGCGCAUGACGAAAGCGCUCCCUCAUGCAGGAAAGCAUUACAAGUUUGCAGAACGCUUCCUCAUACGCGCUCCGCAUGAGAAACUGCGUUUUUGUAUGACAACAGAGGCUACGAGUUUUGUGGGUCAUGCAAUACAGAUCUCACAGGAAUGCAAGACCCGCAUUACAAGUUCCAAUUUUCCAGACCCAGACAUAUUUGCAAUGCAUAACGGGCGGAAAUAACACUCCGCGGAAAAUGAAUAGAGGCAGUCCUGGCGGGGGGAGCCCGCCGGGGGGCAGUCCAUAUGCAUUGCAAAAGCAUUGUACUAGUAUAAAUCGCAUGACAAAUUUUAUCAGGUGGUAGAAAAUUGGAAUUUGUAAUGCAGAUUUGGGUAGGAAACCAGAUUUGUCAUACAUACCUGCAAUUCAUACGAGUGCGAUACUUUUGCAGUGGAUAGCCCAACCAUCGGAACUACGCCGACGAAAAAACGCAGCCCCGCUGUGACGCCACGCACGGAAAGGAGAAGCUCGCAGCGACGGGGGUCUAGCGAGUUUCUAUUGCCUUCUUCGACCCAGAAAAAAGAGAACAAACCGAGGACUAAGCCUCUCGGCAGUGCGGCUGUUGGGGGGCCGAAUACGCACGACAUCGAGUUCGGCAGCAGCUCUACCUACGCCGGCGGCUCGGUGGCUGAAGUGCAUCACCACCAUCAACACGGUUCUCAUCUUCAGCAGGAUCACCCAGGAGGCAUAGGCACCGCAACGCGGUUCUCAGGGGCAGCCUCAGCUCGAUCUGCCUCGUCCACUCAUUAUUCGGGCGUCGUCCUGGCAGCGGCGGCGCAGCUGCGGCAAAUUAGUAAGGACGAAGUCGCCGCUGGUGGAGGUGACGAUCCUGCUGGUUUUUCGAAGGAGCGGCCUAGCGGUGGUACCAGCGGGGGGAAGAAAUAAACAAAGCGCAGGUCCUCGAGACAGGAGUAGAGCCUUCAUUUACUCCAUUGAUUGAGGACGGGCAUUAUGUCGGCCCCAUUUUUUGAACCUUCUGGCAGAUAAGAAGCACGAACUAUUUCUCUUUCCCGCGGCCAAGAAGAUAAACAUUUUUUUCCUAAAUCCUAUACCCACAACCCAGAGUAGUACUAGAAGAUAUAUUUCAUUUUUGCAGUACCAAUACCCAACUUGAACUUGUUUGAGCAAGAUGAUUAUCAACGUCGACCGUAGAUUAUUGUGCCAUUUGACAAUCUCAGCAUUAACGAAAAAUCAAAAGUGCCAGUAUUUCAAUCUGUUCAUGAUGAAAGAACAUGACUCAUGGAAAUCGUGAGGAAUCUUCUCGUCUGCGCACAUUUUACACACAAU